CCGCCGCCGUACGAACAAGCCACCCGCAUGUCGGCCAAGGCCGCAACCCGCCACUCGGACUCCCACACGGGGGGGCCUUGCCGCCCUAAGGGGCCCCCCCCCGCCCCCUCGUCGGCCCCCCACAACGCUCUUCCUCGCAGUGCUUCCUGGGUGCAGCUGUCUGGCCACGAAGGGAGCCUGAUGCCCUCACACUCGGGCACGGUGCUCAAGCGCUUCUGUCCCCACGAGCAGCGCUGCCUGCAGCUGCUCAUGGGCGAUGCGCCGCUGCGCCCCUUCGUCCCCGAGUUCCACGGCGACACCACCAUCACCACCGCCACCGUCGUCGCCGUCGCCGUGACAACGACAACGGCGCCGCCCUCCCGGUACCGCUCGUCGUCCCAGCGCUACAACCGCAUGCAGGACCUGCUCGCGGGGUUCCGAGCGCCGGCCGCAAUGGACUGCAAGAUGGGCGUGCGCACGUACCUGGAGGAGGAGCUGGCGCUGGCGCGCCGCGACCCCCAGCCGCGCGCCGACAUGCUCGCCAAGAUGGUGGCGGUGGACCCGACGGCGCCGACGGCGCUGGAGCGCGAGCGGGGCGCCGUCACCAAGCCGCGCUACAUGCAGUGGCGCGAGCUCUGCAGCUCCUCCGCCUCGCUCGGAUUCCGCAUCGAGGCCACCAAGAAGAGCGACGGGACGCUGAGGCAGGACUUCAAGAGGACCAAGUCGAGGGAUGAGGUGCGCGCCGCACUCGAGGAGUUCGUGGGCGGAGACGCCGUCGUCAUGGAGAGCUACAUCAGGAGGCUCCACGCACUCCGAGUGGCGCUCGAGGUCUCUCCAUUCUUCCGCUCGCACGAGGUGAUCGGCAGCUCGCUGCUCUUCGUGCAUGACGCAGGCGGCCCCGCCGGCGUGUGGAUGAUCGACUUCAGCAAGACGCGGCCGCUGCCGCCCGGCACGGCGCUCGACCACCGCACGGCGUGGCGCGAGGGCAACCGCGAGGACGGCUACCUGGGCGGCCUGGACAACCUCGUCACCAUCCUGGAGGAGGUGGCGGCGGCGGCGGCGGAGGCGGCAGGGGCCGAACCGCGGGGCCGGCGGCGCUGCUAGCGACGCCACGCGGAAACGGGGCGACGCGGAUGUGGGCACCGUCGACGAUCAGCCCGCCAACGCCAUCGCAAAUACCGCCGCCACCGCCACCACUAUCUCAGACGCCACCAACACUGCCACCCAACACCACUACCACCGCCGCCACCACCACCAUUGCCACCACUAUCACCAGUGCCACCACCGACAACCACCACAAACGCCACCACUGCCGCCACCACCACCGCCGCCACUAUCACCACUAUCACCACUAUCACCACUAUCACCGCCGCCACUACCACCACCACCACCACCACUCCCGGGUCACUACUGCUUCAGCCAACACCACCUCCGCCACCGUAACGAGCGACAACUACCACCAUCGCCGGCGUCGCGUGCGCGUUAUUUAUUCCCAUUUUAUUUGUACAGCGCUUCCGGUUGAUUCUCAUUGGUCGUCGAAUCUCGCGCGUUAUCGGGGCGGGUUUGUAUUUGUAGAGUCGGCGCGCGGACCUGGACUUGGACUCGGAUCACCGCAGCCGCUGCCCAAACGGGCGCCGGGUUAUUUAUUUUAUUUCCGAGCGUUUCCGCGUGAACCUCGGCCGUGCGGAGUUGACCCCCCCCCCCCCCCCCCGCCCGCUCGCCCGUUUGUUCGGCUGUUCCGUUGAGCUUUGAGCGAGCCCCUCGUGAACCGGAGGGGUGGGGGUGGUGGAGAAAACUUCACUGGAGCCACCGGCUCUUAAACGUCGAUCUGCUCCUCUGUAGGUGAGACUCCGGGGACGGCUGGGGGUCGUGGUUGGGGGGGGGGGGGGGGCUGGUGGGAAAUCGGAUCGCGGCCCGGGCUCCCGUGAAAAGGCACGCAGGGAUUAGAGGCGUAAGACACUACCACUAGACUACAAAGGUACGCCUAUGCGUAGCAAUCCUAUAAUUUUCUUGUACAUAAUCCUACUGAUGGGUUUAUGACUAAAUGUAUUAUUUUAAUAAUAAUCGUCAUUAUACUAAUGUACUGGCAAAAUAAUUCCCGUACUGGUGUUACAAGCUGUUCCAAUUCAGGUUCAAUAUGAAGUGCAGGGGUGAGUUUUUUUUAUUCCAAACGGAUUUUGGUGAAAGUUGCCACAUUUCCGGCACGGUGAAGGAAGGCGACGGAUCUCUCCCUCAGUUUCUCUGAGCUGUGACUUUAAUUCCCUGGAGGGUUGGGAGGGGGGCGGGGGGGGGGGGUUCGUGCGUUUGGGGGUCUCCAUCUCACUGGAGUGACCCCAAGUCCGCAGGAGCGUGGGAUCAACUGGACAAAUGCCGUGGAUGGAUAUCCACACGGUGAGCGUUGGCACUGGCGAGUGUCGGUAAGUGCAAAUGGGUAUUUGUGUCGGUGAGCGCGUGCUGGUGAGCGCGUGCCGGUGAGCGCGUGCCGGUGAGCGCGUGCCGGUGAGCGCGUGCCGGUGAGCGCGUGCCGGUGAGCGCGUGCCGGUUAGCGCGUGCUGGUGAGCGCGUGCUGGUGAGCGCGUGCUGGUGAGUGUGUAGAUGCGUAUUUGGAUUGGCGAGUGCUGUCGAUGAGUGUCGGUAGGUGCAUAUGGGCAUUUGGCGCAGUGUGUAGCACAGGUGGAGGAAUCUGCCAGUCAUCUCAGUCGGUCAACCCACGGCACCUGGGUCUGUCCGUGACCUCCCGCCAGUGAGCCUUCGACACUUCACGCGAUAGCCUCAGCGUGCACCUAGCCUGGCACCAAUGCCGUGGUGCUAUCACUGGCACGUGGCGGCGAAUGGCGGCUAUGGGUAUUUGUAAGUACCUGCAUCGUUUUGAGUGUUUGCUGCUGAGUAAGUGUACGAGUUGGUCAGUGUGUGUAUAUAAGUGAGUACGUGUAAGUAUUGAUGCGUGUCGGCUGGUGAGUGAGUCUAUUCAAGUAUACGAGCUGGUGAGUUCGUGUAUAUAAGUGAGUGCGUGUAUAUGAGUACGUGCGUGUAAGUAUUGGUGAGUGUGAGUAUUCGAGUGUACGAGCUGGUGAGUGCGUGUAUGCAAGUACGUGCGUGUAAGUAUUGGUGAGUUGGUGAGUAUUCGAGUGUACGAGCUGGUGAGUGCGUGUAUGCAAGUACGAAAGUAUUGGUGAAUGUUGAGUCCCAUUGGGUGGGGAGCGGUGGUGUAGCGGAGUUAGCGCUACAAAACCCGGCCACCCGAGUUCGAUUCCCGCUCACGGCCAACACCCGUGAUGAUUAUCUGAACGGAUUCUGGGCCUCCCCUAGGUCGACUCAGCCUCAAAUGAGUACCUGGUGCAGUGGCGUAUAGACAUCGCCACUGGGGAGACAAAGGCGGUCGGGCGUGGUGCUGGCCACCCAUUCCCUCGUGUGCCGUUCAGGCCUUCAUAGGCGCUCGCUAACAGCACUUGCCCCAACAGUCCGUUAAGGCUACAAUACGAAGUCUUUAUGUCGCGUGAUUGCUCAAUUUAAUUUAAUUGUAGACACAAACGGAAAUCCUUAAACUUAGCCAGAACCUUAAUGAGACCUUUUAGAAUUGAGACCUCUCAUCCUGUCACCAAUUACCGCUGCGAUGGGUAUUGCAAUUAACCUGCUGCUGUUGCUGUACCUGUAACCACUGUAAUAACUACACGCACGGUGGCAAGACUUUAAGUAAUAGUAUUUGUACUAUUAUAAUACUCGUUAUUACAUCUUGAUAAUGUUUAUCUCAUGAAAUACACUCAGGGCAUAUCGCACGGAGGGCUCGCGUGGUGUGUUAAUGAUUGACGCCGGGCGCGAUUAUUUAUUAGUGCUUAUUGAAAUCGUGAGGACACAGGCGCAGCCCCUGCAAGGGCUCGCUGGAUACCCGUGCUGGCGGAAAGGAUGGCCUCCUGCCACUCGAGUU